GAGCCGGGUGGAGUCUUCUUGUAACCUCUUCCCCGGCCACAUUUCUCCUUCCAUCCCUGUCUCGGCCGCUCCGUCAGCUUGUAUCCUAAGAACAAAGGGAAAGAAUUCUGUACCCGAGACGUCUUCCAAGAAGAUCAACAUAGAAGGCUCUGAAGAGGAGAAUGAUGGUGUCCUCCUCUGGUUUCACGUCUGUUGCGGCAGUGCUGCUGUUUCUGGCUAGUGGCUGCCGCUGCUCUCCGCUCCUCUUCAAUGCCUCCAUGGACGGAGGCAGCGGAGACGGAGGAGAGCCAGAGCUCCUGUUCCCCACCUCCUUCUCCACUAGGCCCCCGGCCCCAGUGGAGGAGGGGAGCGCCCAGGUCACCUCGGCCCCUCCCUCCCUGGUCAACGGCAUCACCACCACCAUGAUCCGCCUCAAGGACUUUGUGCUGAGCCGUGUGGUGGACUUCCUGCAGGAGUAUAUGCUCAUCAUCAUCGUGGUGGCUUCCCUCCUCAUCGUCAUGGUCUUCAUUGUGUGCUGCGCCUCCGCCAUGAGCCACAAGCGCAAGCUGGAGGCCUAUAAGCCCCCCGCCGGUGCCCCGGCCUGGAAGGCCCAGGCCGCCGUGGCCACGGCCAAUCCUGUGGAGGAGUACCGACCCUACGCCGUGGACCACGUGAAGAGUGUCCAGAUCCAGAGUGCCAUGACCUCGCCCAAGAACCUGCGCAUGCCGUCCAAGGCACUGGUUGGGGAGAAGGGCAGGGAGGGGAGGUCCUCGCCUCCCCAGGAGGUCCGAAAGGUGAGAGAGACGGAGCCGAUGAUGGAGAGGAGGAGGGAGGAGGCCAGGAGCCCUAAGGAGCAGCUGAAACAGAAAGAGGAGGCGCAUGUGGUCUGCACCUGCCACCAGAAGAUGGCCCACCACUAAGGGAAGGCUCCAACUGGCUCUCUUGACCACCGUUGAGUUGAGGUAGCUAGAUUGGAAGAUUAAGUAGAAUCAGAAAAAUAUAUAUAUAUUACAAUUAAUAAAUACAUAGUGUGGCAUUCAUAGAUGGGGAAAGAUACCCGGAUGUUUAGUGGAAAGCAGAGAUUCAUCUUCAGAGAGAUGUAUAAACAACAACAAGUGAAAGUUGUAUUAGUGUAAAAGAGAUUUCCGUUUUCAAAGACGCACCCAGCCUACGUGCUACCCUGUCACCUACUAUUGUGUCACACCUACCUGUGUUCAUCCAGGAUUUGAUUCGUCAACAUUAUACAAAGAAGCCUCAUCGAGUAAAUUGUAAUAGAAGGAUAGCAACCGAUAUUUUUAAUUGAUAAUGCAAACACUAAAAUUAAAUACAGUUGACAAAAUAUUUGAAAUUAAAGUCUCUCAUGAAUAAAAAUAAUUUGCUUUGUUAAUUGUGUUGCUUUUAUAUUUGUUUGGUCUUCUCUACCCAUAACCUUUAAGGUUUGUACAAUAACUGCAAAACAUUUGGUUAAUUGUUGAGCGUAAAGUAUGAACGUUUAUUCUUAUCAACUAAUUAUUUUAGAGAACUCAUCCUAUCUGAUUUACUGUAUGAUGCAAAAAGUAAAUCCUGUAAACUUGUUUGACAAGUAGGUUAUAGGCCUAUAGCCCACUUGUCUAUAUACUUUUUACAUAAUAAAAAAAGAAAUACUAGUAUUUACUUAAAGGGGACAUAUUAUACCACCAGUUGUGAGUGUGAUUAGCCUUACAAGCCGUUUCGAAAAUCUGCCCCAUACGACAUCACUAGUGGGCGUGUCCACCUAGAUCUGUGCUGGAUAGAUGAGCAACGUUUACUUCAGUCCACUGGGUAGGCUGGUGGACUGAUCUAUAGGCUAUACGCUAAUCACACUCACACCUGGUGGCAUAAUAUUUCCCCUUUAAGCAUUUGCUUUGUUUGUUUUGUUUCUUUUUAUAUUCGUUUUUUUUGUAUAUGUAGAUAAUUAAAGGGAAACUUGCUUGGCGUAUUUUACCCUAUUUAAAUAUUUAUUCGAACAAUAAAACAAAUUGUGUGUGCAAGUGUAAA